GUCAUGUCGCAUUGAUGAGGUAAUAGCAAACAUGGCGGCGCUCGGUACAGCACGGUGUUUGUUACGGAGCUACUCUUGGGUGAAAAAUGUCCAAACGAACAAGCAAAUGUUGGUCAGGUGUAGCGUCAGGACGCUUUGCAGUGGGACACAAGAUAACAACUUUUCGGACAGCACCAAGCUCCAGUUCUCAGAUCCAGCUGUACAGGACAUCCUCACCACGAUAACAGGCCUGGACCUGCAGAAAGUGUUCCGACCCAUUAAGCAGAAGCUGAAGCCACCUACGUAUAAACUCAUGACUGAUGAGCAGCUGCAGAAGGCUACAGAGGUAGCCGCAGAACAGGCCAAGAAACUGCUGCAGAUGCCCCCCGUCCUGCCAGAGAGGAAGCCCAUCAGUGAUGUUCUGUCUGAGGACAAGAUCCUGGAUGGCAUGGAUACAGCCAAAUACGUCUUCACAGACAUCACCUUCACCGUCCCACACAGGGAGAGGUUCAUUGUUGUACGGGAGCCCAAUGGGACCCUUAGGAAGGCAACCUGGGAGGAGAGAGACCGGCUCAUUCAGGUCUACUUCCCCAAGGGCGGGCGCAACAUCACAGCACCUCUCCUCUUCAAGGAGGAGAACCUCAAGAUGGUGUUUUCCCAGGACCGUCAUGAGGAUGUGUUGAACGUGUGUCUGGUCCAGUUUGAACCAGACUCUUCAGAAUACAUCAGGGUACAUACAGCCACCUAUGAGGACCUUGACAAGCACAGCAAAUAUGAGCUGCUGCGCUCCACCAGACAUUUUGGAGGCAUGGUUUGGUACCUGGUCAAUUCUCGCAGGGUGGAUGGGCUCAUAGUGGACAUGCUGAAUAAAUAUCUGCUCCAGGAUGCUGUGAGCCUAGUGUCUCUGUUCCACAUGGUCUACCCGCACAGUGAGUCAGCCCAGGAAGCUGCCAGACAGCAAGCCACUGGCACAGACUUGGUAAAGAUCUAUGCCCAGAAGGAGUCCCAGAGGGCAGGUUACAUCGAGCUGGCCCUGCAGGCAUAUGAACAGAUGACUGCUAAGAGCUCUGCUGCCUGACUGGCGCACUCCUAGAUAGAAAUAUCCAAAUUCACUGACAAACCUGAGGAACAUCACUGAAAACAGACAGUUUUGUUUUCUUUCACUAUUGGGUCAAAGGGUCAUAUGUGCUCCUUUGCUUCAGAGCCUUCAACCUGAAUCUGAAGAAUCAGCUUUCAAAUGGACUGUUAAGAUGCACAAGGUUUGUCAUUUAUCCAUGUAGAGAAAUAACAAGAAAAUGCUCUUACUGAAUGUUUGUAUUUGAUUUGGGGCCCCUGAGUCAACAUGGUGUGUUGUUGUGUAUGAUGUACAUAACAAAGUAAAGACCUUUGUAUUUGUGUGAGGCAUUGUUGGAGUAAAAUAACCUGAUGUCAUGGAAGACUUUAUUGAUAAAAUUCACUUCUCAAGUCCAGGUACACAGUAACAUCCAAACAGCCUUUAAAAAAACAUCUGUAACAAAUGUAUUUCAUGUCAGUUUAUCUGAUAAACCCAGAGCUGCAGUAAGAGUCGAUACAAGUUUUGAGAAGUAAAUAUGAACCAAACUACAGCAAGCAAAGGUAAUAAAGACACUGACUAUAACCAAAUGAGAUUUGUUUAAAUCUUGGGCUUGAUCAACAGUGUUGAAUACAUUUUUCUAAAAAUUAUGGCAUUCAGAAAAUGCAAACAGCCUUGUCCCAGGUAGAAAUUCAAGAAUAUUGCUUUUAUGAGCUAAAAUCCAUCAUGAAUAUUAGAAAAUGGUAGAUUUUACUUCAACAAUGAAAGCAAUGUUCAAACUUCAAGAAUUGCUUUGGGGUUUGGAUUACACCCUGAUCAACAGUGGUGUUACACUGGAAAAAGAUACCAUUAUUAUUUUUUUGUGUUGUGCACAUUGCAGUCGGUUGGUGAAGCAUUCUACCCAUGAAACAUUUUACUGCAAACUGAUAAGUUAGUGAUGUGAAAGAGCUCUAACAAAAACUGUAAUGAUAGUCAAUGUAUUGUUAAAAUACAAAAUAUUUAAUGUAAAAAAGGUAAUGGAAUGCCGCAACAGUCUUGAUUUGGAUACCUUUGCUUAAAUGUAUCCCAUAUUCCUAAAUAAACACACAAGCUUUUCUAUUUCUUA